AUGAAGAGGGUGCAGCUCCAGCGAUGGAGCAGUACGAUCCUUUCGCCCCGGGCUCGCACUGCUAGUAGGCUGCGUCAACACACACUUCUUUCUGGGUCGCGAUGCCAGUCAACUGUCGCUCCUCUGCAGACCGAUGCUAGCUCUCGAGAAGCAAUUGGAGAAGUUGACUUUGAGGAUGUCGGCAUGAUGAAGCACGUCAAAAGUGCCCAUAGACGCAAGGAUAUGCUCAAGUAUCCUUCUCCCCCAGCUGAUGCGGCCCUAAACUCCGCUAAACUCGCGGCUCUCCAUGCACGAUUAUACCUUCCUUCACGACUUCCUCUCCAAACUCUCGCGCGGGCCCUGGUCGAUGCGUCUGCAGACUCUAAUCCCGAUUUCAACAACGAAUCGCUCGCCACUCUCGGUCACGACCUUCUCACCUACUACACCACCGAGCACCUCCUUUGCACCUAUCCUCGCCUCCCCCUGACCGUGAUCUUUGCUGCCAUGUACGCCUAUGCUGGCCCCAAGACGCUCGCAGCGAUGGCUCGAGAAUGGGGUGUGGAACACGCGUCCUUGCCCGGUGGAGAGGUUGACCCUGGUCUACUCCAGUUCCGCCGAGUCGCACCCGGUAGCGACUUGAACCUUACAAACAACAAUAACAACCGCACGCCCCGUCCAUAUGCGGCACAGAAAGCAUGGAGGAUGACCGUCACCUCGAAGAUCUUCUAUGAUGACGAAUUUGGUGAUGCUAUCAAGGGACCCGCCACGUCGGGAGAGGGGGUCACUGCUGAGCUCGCCAGUGCCACCUUUGUCCGUGCCGUGAUGGGUGCUAUCUAUCUCCAUGCCGGACGUCCCGCUGCCAAGCGCUUCUUCGAGCAGCACUUCCUGUCUCGCCACCUGAACAUUUCUCAGCUGUUCAACUUCUCCCAGCCAGCUCGCGACCUGGCGCGCCUCUGCGCUCGCGAAAACUUCGAGCCGCCUGUGGCCAGAAUCAUCAGCGAGACUGGCCGAAAGAGCCGUCACCCCGUCUUUGUGGUGGGCAUUUUCUCCGGUCAGGACAAAUUGGGUGAGGGCGCUGGCGCCAGUCUGAUUGAGGCCCGGGAACGCGCAGCUCUUGCUGCACUGAAGGGGUGGUAUCUCUACAGUCCUCUCAAUGUUCGCGUUCCAAGCUCCAUGGAGGAAGAGGGGGCAGCUCCAUGGAAACCUGUCUACGUCGAUCUGGGCGAAGUUAUCGUUUGA